AUGCCUCGUGGCCAAGGGAGCCGAGACAGAAAGCUCAGGAGAGGCCGUCCUGCUCAAAGCCGUACGCAGGUCCCAUUGGGUGUGCAGGUCCUCAAGGAUGAGGAGAAGGAAGCAGCAGCCAGCGCUUCUUCUUCAUCACCUUCCUCCUAUGCUUCAGUGGAGGCCACAGCAAGAGAAGAGCCUGGGUCUGGGACACCAAGUUGUCCUCAGGAUACUCAGCGAACCUUUUCUCCCCGCACUGCCUUGAAUCCCACUCCAAGAAGCCAAUGCACUGAGGGCUCCAGCAGGCAAGGAGAGGAGGGUGUGAGCUCUUCCCAGGGGAAGGAUGCCUCUCAGGUCAUGCAGGAUGAACUCCUAAGUGACAAGCUAGAUAAAUUGCUGUCCUUCCUGCUCCACAAGUAUCAAAAGAAGGAGCAGGUCACCGUGGAAGAAAUGCUGCACAUUGUGGACCAGGAUUACCAUGCGUACUGCCCUCUGAUCUUUAGGCUUCUCUGUGCGUGCAUGUUUGUGAAUUUUGGCAUUGAGAUGAGGGAAGUGGAUUCUGCAGGCCACACAUAUGAGCUUGUGCCCAUCUUGGGCCUCACCUAUAGUGGGAUACUAGAUAACGAGGUCCAGAUCUCCCCCAAAGCAGAACUCCUGAUACUCAUCCUGAGUACAAUCAUUGUAAAGGGCAACCGACUCAGUGAGGGGGAUCUAAGGGACCUACUGAGAAGUAGGCAGGCAUUAGCUGAGAGGCAGCAUGAUGUCGGGGAUCCCUGGAAAUUCAUCACAGAGGAUUUGGUUCGGGAAGGGUACCUGGUGUACCAGCAGGUUCCUAACAGUGAUCCUGCUCGCUGUGAGUUCCUGUGGGGUCCGAGGGCCCAGGCUGAAACCACUGAGAUGAAAGUCCUGAGGCACAUGUUUCGCCUUGAUGGGAUAGAUCUCAGGUCUCACCCACAGGUACACAACCCAGCUCUGAGAAAGGAAAAUGGUAAUUUGAGGCCCCAUAAUGGGCAGGAUGAGUGA